AUGCAAGAGAACAAUGUGAACCAGCCUACAUCAUUGUCUCAGCUCUUGAGAGAGAACUACUUGGCCGAAGCGCGAGCGCACCAGAGACACAGCGAGAUGAGCCGUUCCGACUCCUCCUUGCGCCGCCUGGUCUACGCACCCCUCAAAGGCAAGGCGGAGAACUCUGCGGGGCAGGACGAGCCCCAACCCCAACCUCGGUUCCCAGACCUCUCAGCCUUCCUGAGCCAGGAAGAACUGGAUAAGAGUGUCAACCUGGCCUGUCAGGCUAUCGGACACGAGGCCCGCGAGGAGAGGACAGAGGUCAAGGCCCCUUCUGCCACCUCCGCUGCAUCCAACACUCCCGACACCCAGCCUGACCUGGAACUAAAAGAACCCCUACCAACACACCCAACAUUCUUCCCAGAGAGACAGUCAUUCCCACCUCUGUCCAUACAGGACAAUGUGAUAAGGAUAGACAAACAGAUAUAUCAGCCAUCCCAACCGUCCAUUCAGGACAACGCGAUGAGGACCGACAGACAGAUAUAUCAACUGUCCCAACCAUCCAUCCAGGACAACGCCAUGAGGACAGACAGACAGUUGUACCCACCGUCCAUGCAGGACAAUGGAAUGACGGCUGACAGACAGACGUUCCCACCGUCCAUCAUCCAGGACAUUACAAUGAAGAACAACGGGGUGGCCAGGGAGGACUUUAAGAGGCCAGUGGCAAGGGGGAUGAACACGCCAGCGUACGGACUGGAGACCCAGUCCAAGAAGGAGUUCCUCAACAAGGCAGCAGACUUCAUCGAGGAGCUCUCCUCUCUGUUCAAGGCUAACAGCUCUAAAAGGAUACGGCCCCGAUCAUGCAAAGCUCAUAGGAGCAGAGCCAACAAGGGCCAAGUGGAUGGGAGCGUUUCUUCCCUGAAUGCAGACGACAGGGAACGGACCAUUCUUCUCCAAGACUUCGAAAUGGCGAUGGAGAGGCCUGCUAAUUCCUUCAGCAUUCAGCCGCCAGAAGUCCAGGGUUUGGGCAUAGAACCAGGGUUUGGGAACGCUUACUUCCCCAUGCAGGACUGCAGGACUACUGAGGAGCAGUAUGAUGACUCGGGGGUGCUGGAGGCGGAUGGGGUGGAUGAGGCUGAAAGCCCUGCCCUGGUGGAGAUCACCCCCAGUGUGUACACAGCCGACCCCACCUCUGAGCCCCCUCACUUCAUCCAGAAACUGAAAAGCAGGGAGGUGCUGGAGGGCAGCAAGGUUCAGCUGGACUGCAUUGUUCGAGGAUUCCCCAUGCCCGAAGUCCGGUAAGGCUACCCAAACGGUCAACCUCACUGAAUGUUAGUGUUUUUGUAGCCAAAGUUGCAUUUCUUCUUAAUUUAAAGGAUAUCUUUUUUUUUUUUUUACACUUACCUCUAUUUUUACACUUAAUCUGAAAUAAAUGUAUGGGGCAAGGAGAAACUGUCAUCCGCAGUUCAAAUUUGUUUAAAUAGCCACUGCUAAUUUUAGCUAACUUUAGCCAAUGCUAUCUGAAAAACAAUGUGAGUUACAGUGGCUAAAGUCAGCUUAAAGGCCUAGUGCAGUCACAUUUCAAAGUUUUGUAUCAUAUUGUACAACAGCUGAUGAAACUAACACUGUAAAAGUGUGACAACAUUUGAUCAGUGUUAAUUCCUGAUAGUUGCUUGUUGAAAAUACAAUCUACACAGGACCUUCUAAUCAGCAGGUUUGCAUAGGCGAGAGUUUCGGCUUUCCAUGGUGACAUCGCUAUGCAGCAAAUUGGUUAAUAGACCAAUAACAAAGAGAGUUCCAAACCUCUCUGCCAAUAACAGCUAGUUUUCAGUUUUCCCCUCCCCACACAGACCACUCCCAGAAAGUCCUAGCAAAAUUCUUGCUUGAGAAAUAGUUUUUAGCUAAAAAGCAACUUUUGCCCAUUUUAAUGGAAAACUAUUACAGUAAGGUACUUAAUUGCUACCCAGAAAUUAUUUGAUAUCGAUAUAAAAAUGGAUGCAUUGGGCCUUUAAAGGACCCCCACAGAGGAAGCUGCCGCCACUAUUUUGACGUAAUUUCCUGUCCUAGAGAGGAAACGCAUGUUUAGGUUUCACUUCCAAAGAAUGACGAAGGCUACUUAUAAAUAUUCAUGAGCUGGGUGUGGGAAUUUCCACGUGGAGUUGAUAAACAUAAAAAAAUAGGGCACUGUCAGCUGUGAGUGUAGCUAGCUAGUAGGGCUGGGAAUUGCCAGGGACCUCACAAUAUGCUAUUAUCACGGUACUUAGGUGUCGAUUUUGUUGAUCUACACACACAAUACCCCAUAAUGUCAAAGUGGAAUUAUGGUUUUAGAAAUGUUUACUAAUUAAUCAAAAACGAAAAGCAGAAAUGUCUUGAGUCACUAAGUAUUCAACGCCUUUGUUAUGGCACGCCUAAAUAACUUCAGGAGUAAAAAUGUGCUUAACAAGUCAGAUAAUAAGUUGCAUGGACUAACUCUGAUUUUUGAAUGACUACCCCAUCUCUGUACUCCACACAUACAAUUAUCUGUAAGGUCCCUCAGUCAAGCAGUGAAUUUCAAGCACAGAUUCAAUGACAAAGAACAGGGAGGUUUUCCAAUGCCUCACAAAGUAGGGCACCUAUUGGUAGAUGGGUAAACAUUGAAUAUAUGCCUUAGAGCAUGGUGAAGUAUACACCCAGUCACUACAAAGAUACAGAUGUCCUUCCUAACUCAGUUGACGGAGAGGAAGGAAACCGCUCAGGGAUUUUACCAUGAGGCCAAUGUUGAUUUUAAACCAGUUACAGAGUUAAAUGGCUGUGAUAGGAGAAACCUGAGGAUGGAUCAACAACAUUGUAGUUACUCCACAAUACUAACCUAAAUGACAGAGGGAAAAGAAGGAAGCCUGUACAGAAUACAAAUAUUCCAAAACAUGCAUCCUGUUUGAAAUAAGGCACUAAAGUAAUACUGCAAAAAAUGUGGCAAAGAAAUUAAUACAAAGCAUUAUGUUUGGAGCAAAUCCAACACAACGCAUCACUGAGUACCACUCUUCUAUUUUCAAGCAUGGUGGUGGCUGUUAUGGGUAUGCUUGUCAUCGGCAAGGACUAGGGAGUUUUUUAGGAUAAAAAGAAAAGGAACAGAGCUAAGCACAGGCAAAGUCCUAGAGGAGAGGAAAACCUGGUUCAGUCUGCUUUCAAACAGACACUGGGAGACAAAUCCACCUUCAGCAGGACAAUAACCUAAAACGAAUAUACACUGGAGUUACUUACCAAGAUUAUAUUGAAUGUUCCUGAGUGGCCUAGUUACAGUUUUGAUUUAAUUUGGCUUGAAAAUCUAUGGCAAGACUUGAAAAUGGCUGUCUAGCAAUGAUCAGUGGUGGAAUAAGUACCCAAUUGUCAUACUUGAGUAAAAGUAUAAAAGUAUUUGGUUUUAAAUAUACUUAAAUAUCAAAAGUAAAAGUACAAAUUAUUUCACAUUCCUUAUAUUAAGCAAACCAGGGGGCACUAUUUUCUUGUUUUUUUUAUGUAAAAAUAGCCAGGGGCACACUCCAACACUCAGACAUAAUUUACAAAUGAAGCAUUUGUGUUUAGUGCGUCUGCCAGAUCAGAGGCAGUAGGGAUGACCAGGGAUAUUCUCUUGAUAAGUGAGUGAAUUGGACAAUUUUCCUGUCCUGCUAAGUAGGGGUCCCCUGUAGCUCAAUUGGUAGAGCAUGGCGCUUGCAACGCCAGGGUUGUGGGUUCAUUUCCCACGGGGGGCCAGUAUGAAAAUGUAUGCACUCACUAACUGUAAGUCGCUCUGGAUAAGAGCGUCUGCUAUAUGACUAAAAUGUAAAAAAUUUAUUCAAAAUGUAACAAGUACUUUUGGGUGUGAGGGAAAAUGUAUGGAGUAAAAAGUACAUUCUUUUCUUUAGGAAUGUAGUGAAGUAAAAGUAAAAGUUGUCAAAAAUAUAAAUAGUAAAGUACAGAUACCAAGUAUCUCUGUUGCUGGCUAAAGUUUUCAAAAGAUUAGCCAGCUGGGUCUAUGGCUGGUUCUGGAGCUAGAUUUGUCCUAAGCAUUGAUUUAGAGAACUUCUCCACAGAUGGAAAUCACUAUCUUGGACAUCGCCGUCUAUUGCUAUCUCCAAAGUCUGCGACUGCGAAUCUGCCAUAGAAAUAGUUUGAAAGAAUAAGAUGAUGCUCUGGUAAUAUGGAUAAAUAUUGAAAGAUAGCUGGUAUGUGUUUUUCUAAAUUGUAAUGGACACGGUGCAACCUUUGGUAGGUAGGCUUGCUGGCAGGCUUCGGUUGCGGUACAGCAAAGCCAAGUCAGCCCCUGCUCAUGGUUCUCACAGGGGAAGUGAAAUUAUAGGCUACAAUGACUUUGCUCAUGAUCAUGUAGGCCGCAAAUUACAUGUAACUAUAAGUUCCUCGUAUUUUCUUUGCGGGUCCCUUUUCAUUAUCUUACACCAAUCAAAGCAGUGGAGCAUACAGUGCAUUCGGAAAGUAUUCAGACCCCUUGACUUUUUCCACAUUUAGUUACGUUACAGCCUUAUUCUAAAAUAGAUUAAAUAGUUUUUUCCCUGUUCAAUCUACACACAAUACCCCAUAAUGACAAAGCAAAAACAGGUUUUUUAGAAAUGUUUGCAAAAUAAAUAAAACAUCAUUAAAAAUAUAUAUAUUUACAUAAGUAUUCAGACCCUUUAAUCAGUACUUUGUUGAAGCACCUUUGGCAGCGAUUACAGCCUCGAGUCUUCUUGGGUAUGACGCUACAAGCUUGGCACACCUGUAUCUUCUCUGCAGAUCCUCUCAAGACUAAUGUAACAAAAUGUGGAAAAAGUCAAGGUGUCUGAAUACUUUCCGAAGGCACUAUGAGCCUGAAAACAGGAGAUUACUCACCACUUAGCAGGAUCUGAGUACAAUUUCAUUAUUUUACUGUUGAAGACAUAAUCUAAAUGGACAUAUGAAAGAAGUGCAGGAAUCAAGGGUGAGUGAGAAAUAAGAUGCAAAGUGAGACAAUUAUGAUAUUAGGAAUGUUGUUGACAUUGUCGAAUAUGAAUACCAGUCUUUUUUCUGGAGUAGCUAUUCAACACAUCUUGAAAUGUAUAGCUUUCUUUUGUUUCAAAGACGAGAAGGCCAGUAAGAAAUUCUGUUUUUACAGGUAUUUUGUCAAUGAUCUCAGGGUACACAGUAAUAUUUGCUUGUUUGGGCUUAAAUGUGCAAAUAUUCAAAUAUGCCUUGGGAUAUUCAUGAUACUGAGCUGGUAUUUAUAUACUGACACCCAUGGACACCAGUACUUUUAGUGAGAGGGUACAGUAAACCCAGAGAAGUGUCACAAUUCCUAAGUAUAGAUCAUCUAUUGGUUGGAAAAUAAAACUGUCACUGUGUUUGUCAUAAGAUAGAUAUCGAUUGUGACAAAGCUCUGUAUGGGACAGUCAAGACAAAGUUUGCUGUUUUCUAAGACAUCAAGGGAGAUCUCCAUGUUUGACAGGUGAUGCUAGCAAACAGCUGACACAAAGUGCUGUGUGUAUUCUGUUUUAUGUCUGGAACAUUAAAUCAUUGCAGUGUUUGUGUGCCAGUGUGUGCAGCACUCUAAAUGACAGUGUGUUUUUAUCAGCUCAUAAUAAUGUUCUUAAAUAUCUGAACACAGAUUGCGGCCUAUUUGCCAAGAAAUAACAGUAACGGAAUGUGGUAUAGUAGUUUGAACAGUUGUCAGGGUUUGAGAAUGAACUAGAUUCCUGCUUGAAUUGAUAGACAAAGAGGUCACCUGAGCGGUCAGAAUAAGCGAGGGCCAGCUGAAGGUCCCACUGGACAAUGCUAACCUACUGACACGCUCCUGUCACUGUGAUGUUUCUCACCACCGUUUCGGGACUGGCAGUGGCACUGAGCACAGUGUCUUGUGGUGGAAUGGAAUUGCCUGAGUUGUUAGAAACAUUAAAGUAGGAUUUGGUAAAACAGCUGAUAUGAUAGGUGUGUAUUUGAAAUGUUGUAUGGUGUUUUAUGUCAGUUCUUGGUGCUGUUCUGUUGUCUGAUUAUUUGUAUUGUGUGAAUGGUGUGAAUGUAUUAAGGAUCUAUAGAUUGUCAGUGCAUUAUACUUGUGUAUGAGUUCAUGUUUUGCUCACUAGAUGUUUUAGCGUUAUCAGUAUAUUAAGGAGUGUUUGCCUCUUAGCUUAGUAUUUCAUAUGGUGUGUCAUGUAAUUCUGUUAGAGCUUGGCACUGUACACAGUUGGUGUGUUAAGUUGGGUUAGUUCUUGAUGUCAUGCUUAUGUUCUCUCAGUAUUAAAGCUAGAAUCCUUAUUUGCGACAUCCAUUUUUGACUUAUACAUUAAUUAAAUAUACCCAUUGAUUCUUGAAGAAUAUAUCUUAUAAAUGCCUCAUAAGCUUAGUUCAACUGUCGUACCCCAUCAGAACCCAAAAUAUAAGCUUGUUUUACUACAAUGUUUUUAAACAAUGUAAAUAUAAACAAACACUGUAUAGCCUCAAAACAUGGUUAAAACUAUCAUUUUGAUAUCAUGGAUGGUCAGUCCUUGCAUCCAUAUAUCUGUCUAUUAAUUUGAAAGUGGUUACAUUUCUCCAGGCCCAUCCCUCAGCUUUUUACAAAAACAGAGGCAGGGUGACCACUUUGUUCUUGUUUCAAUUAAGGAUUCUAGUUUUAAGUGUGCUCUGUAUCACCUCCUAGGAUUUAGUAGCUCUGGUGUGUCAGGGAAUAGUAUUGUGCAUAUUCUCAGUCUAUGUUUAGUAUUGUGUGUAUGUGCGAUUGGGACACACAGUCAUAGCCCCCCUAGGCUUUGGGGUGUUCUGUUGGGGGGGCUUUCCUCUCCAGGGCUGGAGUCUGGAGGGAAAAUAGCCUUGACAGGUGCAGCAGCCAGGCAGAUUACCCAGCUCCUCUACUACUCAUAUUUUCAAAUCAGACCCUUACUCAUUAGAACUGACAUGCCUUGCCAGAUGGACCUUAGGCAGUACAUUCCAGUGAUGUCUCCUAUAUGUACAUUGCGCCCGAGUAUCAGCCACAUAUCACCCACACAUCAGGAGUAUGGCAUAGCAAAGUGGGUGAUUGCAUCAGGGCCAUUUUGGACACUGGAUCAUCUUUCUUGAUAAGAAUCUCAAUUGGGAUUUCUAUUGAAUCUGUUCUUCUCUAGGGGGCACACCAAAGAAGACCACCUCUCUUUGGAAUAAACUCGAACCUUUGCUGAACUAUCCAGCAAAUCCUUUUGAUAGGCUUCCUGGUUUGUUAGAGAUGGAGUAGCAGACUUGCAAUCCUUUAAAAGUGUUCAGAACAUCCUCAGCUUAUACUGUGUAUUGCAUGCUGAUUUGUUUGAUUUUAAACUUUGUCCAAUAUUGAGUGAAAGAGAGCGACUCGGCUCUACGUAUUUUACUGGUUUGUGACUCACUGACACCGCCCCCGGUUAGAGGGGAAUAAAGCAACCCAAGAGUUAACACACACACAGGAACUUUAAUCACACACAGGAACUUUAAUCACACACAGGAGAAGAUAAACAUGGGGAUGUACAUCGUUUUUGUAGUAACGCACAUAUGUACACCCACACUCACAGACUGGAAUAACACCGUUCAGGUACGGCAAUAUCUACUCCCUUGGAGAGUGUGGGUCAGGCUGGCUUGCCAAUCAGGAACUGGAGAGACUGCAUGGCUAGAACGUGCACAGGGGUGAGACACAUGCCUAUUGUCCGAUUGGCUGAAACCAUGAGCUGGAAGAGAUAUCGAUCUCUCACCUGAGGGGAGAAAGGGUGAGGAUGGGUGAGUCAGACCGCAGCUCCAGCCAGACAUAAACAACAACACACACGCUGGAAAUUAGUCCCACAGCGCUCUUGGCAGGGGGAUUCUGUAAUACUGAGUAUUUAUAUUUGACUACAUAGUCUCAACUUUAUUUUGUAUUUUUCUGUGUAUGCAGAACAUUCAUUCUUGCUGGAUCAUUUAGGCCCAUAGCUGACCUAUACAUAUGUAUGGUGACCUCUGCUAAGAGAUCGUAGACACUCUUGCCUACAUGUUUAUAUUACAUAUGUUACACUGCAUCAUUGCCUCAUCCACCCAAAAUAGAUCUACAGAGACAUGGUGGCUGGUCGGCUUUUUAGUACACAGGGUAUGAGAGGAUACCAGUUAGUACAGUAAUAAAGGGUUAGUAUUUGGCCGUUAAAUCAUCUCUCUGAUCUAACAAGUGUCUUUAUGGAGUUGCCAAUCUAGCAGGUCGAGGACUCCAUUGAUAUCAUACUGGAAAUACUAGCCAGUCUUUACACGAAGCCUGAAAGACAACCUCAUGUAAAUUCACACUUGAACAUCUUUAACUUAAUAUUGAAGCAGAGAAUACAAAACUAGAGUUACUUUUUUACAGAAAAUAAUGAAGUUAGUUGAGGUGGUUUUAAACUAGUCAGUGAGGAACAGUAGUAUAUUUGUCAUCUUCAGAACAUUAUUCAUUUAGACUUUACAUCAAUCACUACUGCCAUAUAGCAAGUGGUAACUAAGGGCUCAUUUGGCAUGGUACGGUGGUGUGGUGGUGGCUUGUUUUACGGUGAAAGAGAACUCACCAGAACUUCUUCCCCUGACCUGAUUGUAGCUACACUUACUGGUAGUUGGCCAGACAUACAGUGUGGGGAAAAAAGUAUUUGAUCCCCUGCUGAUUUGUACGUUUGCCCACUGACAAAGAAAUGAUCAGUCUAUAAUUUUAAUGGUAGGUUUAUUUGAACAGUGACAGAGAGAAUAACAACAAAAAAAUCCAGAAAAACACAUGUCAAAAAUGUUAUAAAUUGAUUUGCAUUUUAAUGAGGGAAAUAAGUAUUUGACCCCCUCUCAAUCAGAAAGAUUUCUGGCUCCCAGGUGUCUUUUAUACAGGUAACGAGCUGAGAUUAGGAGCACACUCUUAAGUGGCGCAGUGGUCUAAGGCACUGUAUCGCAGUGCUAACUGUGCCACUAGAGAUCCUGGUUCGAAUCCAGGCUCUGUCGCAGCCGGCCGCGACCGGGAGACUCAUGGGCGGUGCACAAUUGGCCCAGCGUCGUCCAGGGUAGGGGAGGGAAUGGCCGGCAGGGAUGUAGCUCAGUUGAUAGAGCAUGGCGUUUGCAACGCCAGGGUUGUGGGUUCGAUUCCCAUGGGGGGCCAGUAUAAAAAAAAUAAAAAAAAUUCACUAACUGUAAGUCGCUCUGGAUAAGAGCGUCUGCUAAAUGACUAAAAUGUAAAUGUAAAGGGAGUGCUCCUAAUCUCAGUUUGUUACCUGUAUAAAAGACACCUUUCCACAGAAGCAAUCAAUCAAUCAGAUUCCAAACUCUCCACCAUGGCCAAGACCAAAGAGCUCUCCAAGGAUGUCAGGGACAAGAUUGUAGACCUACACAAGGCUGGAAUGGGCUACAAGACCAUCGCCAAGCAGCUUGGUGAGAAGGUGAAAACAGUUGGUGCGAUUAUUCGCAAAUGGAAGAAACACAAAAUAACUGUCAAUCUCCCUCGGCCUAGGGCUCCAUGCAAGAUCUCACCUCGUGGAGUUGCAAUGAUAAUGAGAACGGUGAGGAAUCAGCCCAGAACUACACUGGAGGAUCUUGUCAAUGAUUUCAAGGCAGCUGGGACCAUAGUCACCAAGAAAACAAUUGGUUUGACAUGUGUUUUUCUGGAUUUUUUUGUUGUUAUUCUGUCUCUCACUGUUCAAAUAAACCUACCAUUAAAAUUAUAGACUGAUCAUGUCUUUGUCAGUGGGCAAACGUACAAAAUCAGCAGGGGAUCAAAUACUUUUUUCCCUCACUGUACAUACUGGGAGGGAGCUGGGUCAAUACACUAAUGAGUUAUGACUGGUGGAGAGUUGCCAAUACAGAAAGGUUGUUCGUUUUUUCGUUUUGUCAACUCAACUUGAUUUUCUAAGUUGAUGUAACUUCAUUUAACUUACACUGAGUGUACAAAACAUUAGGACCACCUGCUCUUUUUAAAUCCACUUGAAUCAGUGUAGAUGAAGGUUAGGAGACAGGUUAAAUAAUUCUUUUUAAGCCUUGAGACAAUUGAGACAUGGAUUGUGUAUGUGUGCCAUUCAGAGGGUGAAUGGCCAAGACCAAAGUUUUAAGUGCCUUUGAACGGGGUGUGGUAUUAGGUGCCAGGCGCACCGGUUUGAGUGUGUCAAGAACUGCAACGCUGCUUGGUUUUUCACGCUCAACAGUUUCCUGUGUGUAUCAAGAAUGGUCCACCACCCAAAGGACAUCCAGCCAACUUGACACAACUCUGGGAAGCAUUGAAGUCAAAAGGGGAUACAACUCAAUAUUAGGAAGGUGUCCUUAAUGUUUUGUAGACUCAGUGUAUAUUUUGAAGUUGAAGCAGUUAGAUUUUAUACAAUGAUUAUGCACAAUGGGCUGAAUCUCUAAUGUGCUGACACUAAAAGGGGCGUAUGCAUUGUGUGGCUUUCCAGGUGGUUUUGUGAGGGGAAGGAGCUGGAGAACUGCCCUGACAUUCAGAUCAUCAACAACGGCGAGUUGCACUCUCUGAUCAUUGCCGAGGCAUUCGAGGAAGACACAGGGCGGUACUCUUGCUUUGCAUCCAACUUCUACGGCACCGACUCGACGUCUGCCGAAAUCUACAUCGAAGGUGACCAUUGAGUUUUCACCUUCAAGUCAAGUGGCCAAUCUAGAGUGCAUCGUCACAUAAAUACUUACUAUAUAACCUAAAAAGUAUUACUGCUGAUUAAUUAGUAUCUCCUCUGGUUCAAAUGUUUAAUUUUAAGUUAAAAUAUAUGAAUAUAGACAAUCAUACUAAGAUCAUCCCUACUAGUGUGCUGCAUAUCACCCUCUUAUGUUAUACAGGUGCCUCCUCUACAGAUUCGGAGGGGGAACAACAUUUUGAACUUGCACAGUGAGUACUCUUCCUCUACUCAAAAUAUGAUUGGAAAACAUUUAAUUGGGUAGGAAAAGCAAGCUUCAAAGGUUUACAUUCUGUAAUGUCACAGGCCUCAGUGUAGCACAUACAGUGCCUUCAGAAAGUAUUCACACCCCUUGACUUUUUCCACAUUUUGUUGUGUGACAGCCUGAAUGUAAAAUUGAUUAAAUUGAUAUUUUUUGUCACUGGCCUACACACAAUAUCCCAUAAUGUCAAAGUGGAAUUACAUUUUUAGAGUUUUUUACAAAUUAAUAAAAAAUGAAAAGCUGACGUCUUGAGUCACUAAGUAUUUAACCCCUUUGUUAUGGCAAGCUAAAUAAGUUCGGGAGUAAAAAUGUGCCUAACAAGUCACAUAAUAAGUUGCAUGGACUCACUCUGUGUGCAGUAAUAGUGUUUAACAUGAUUUUUGAAUGACUACCUCAUCUCUGUAUGCCACACAUAAAAUGAUAUGUAAGGUCCCUCAGUCGAGCAGUGAAUUUCAAACACAGAUUCAACCACAAAGACCAGGGAGGUUUUCCAAUACCUCGCAAAGAAGAAGGGCACCUAUUGGUAGAUGGGUAAAAAAAAGGCAGACAUUGAAUAUCCCUUUGAGCAUAGUGAAGUUAUUAAUUACACUUUGGCUGAUGUAUCAAUACACCCAGUCACUACAAAAAUACAGACAUCCUUCCUAACUCAGUUGCUGGAGAGGAAGGAAAUCGCUCAGGGAUUUCACUAUGAGGCCAAUGGUGACUUCAAAACAGUUACAGAGUUUAAUGGCUGUGAUGGGAGAACUGAUGGCGGCUCAACAACAUUGUAUUUACUCCACAGUACUAACCUAAUUGACAGAGUGAAAAGAAGGAAGCCUGUACAGAAUAACAAAUAUUCAAAAACAUGCAUCCUGUUUGCAACAAGGCACUAAAGGUAAUACUGCAAAAUAUGUGGCAAAGCAAUUAACUUUUUGUCCUGAAUACAAAGUGUUAUGUUUGGGGCAAAUCCAAUACAACACAUUACUGAGUACCACUCUCCAUAUUUUCAAGCAUAGUGGUGGAUGAAUCAUGUUAUGGGUAUGCUUGUAAUCGUUAAGGACUGGGGAGUUUUUCAGGAUAAAAAAGAAAUGGUGCUAAUCACAGGCAAAAUCCUAGAGGAAAACCUGGUUCAGUCUGCUUUCCAGCAGACACUGGGAGAUGAAUUCCCCUUUCAGCAGGACAAUUACCUAAAACACAAGGCCAAAUCUACACUGGCGGUUCUUACCAUGGAGACAGUAAAUGUUCCUGAGUGGCCGAGUUACAGUUUUGACUUAAAUCUACUUGAAAAUCUAUGGCAAGACCUGAAAAUUGUUAUCCUAGCAAUGAUCAACAACCAAUUUGAAUUUUGAAAAGAAUAAUGGGCAAAUGUUGCACAAUCCAGAUGUGGACAGCUCUUAGAGACUUACCCAGAAAGACUCACAGCUGUAAUUGCUGCCAAAGGUGCUUCUACAAAGUAUUGAGUGAGGGUGAAUACUUAUGUAAAUGAGAUACGAGUGGCGCAGUGGUCUAAGGCCAGAGAUCCUGGUUCGAAUCCAGGCUCUGUCGUAGCCGGCCGCGUCCGGGAGACCCAUGGGGCGGCGCACAAUUGGCCCAGGGAUGUAGCUCAGUUGGUAGAGCAUGGCGUUUGCAAUGCCAGGGUUGUGGGUUCGAUUCCCACCGGGGGCCAGUAUGAAAAAAUAAUAAUGUAUGCAAUCACUAACUGUAAAUGACUAAAAUGUAAAAUGUAAUUGAGUCAUUAUGGGGUAUUGUGUGUAGAUGGGUGAAGAAAUAAAAAACAAUUGAAUCCAUUCAGGCUGUAACACAACAAAAUGUGGAAUAAGUCAAGGGAUAUGAAUCCUUUCUGAAGGCACUGUAUGUAACUUCAACACUGUAAAAAUCAUUUUAGCCCAGUGGGACCUGGUUAGUUACAAUGUAUCCUGUUUCUCUUGUAAACCUAAAGGCUGCAGAGGACCCCAGCUCAGCCGGGUGCCCCAUCUUUACCUCCAGUGUUCAGUGUUGUGUCUGUGUAUGAGGAUGACACAACCGUCUGCACUGAAGAACAGCCACAGGAGGCCACCUCACUGCCUUCUAGCCAGGUAGUCACUGCAUCUGUACCUGUCCAGGUGGCUACUAAUGUCCUUCCUAUUAUGGAGGUGACAACAGCACCAUCCACCCAGGUGGUGUUUACAUUGUCCCCUGCCCAGGAGACGUCGGCACCGUUAUCUGUCCAGGUAGUCUCUACUCUAGAUCUACCACCUGUGGACACGGCGUCAGUAGUGGCGCGGGAGGUGUCAACACUGUCACUGCCAACACCGUCACCUGUCCCAGUGAUGUCCACACCAUUCCCGACACAGACAGUCUCUACCACGGCACUACCGCUGACCCAGGUGGUCUCCUCUACACUGCCUGCCCAGGUGGCUGCCAUACAGACGACUCUAGCUGAGGUAAUAUUCUGCUCAAAACGCCCUGGCUCCUGAAUACACUGCAAACAUUUAAAUGGAAAUUCAUGAUAUCUGAAAUACUGCACGUGUCAAAAACGUUCCUUUCUGCUCAGUGAUCUUUUACACGACACACACAGUACUUGACAAUGUGUAUUUGUGUUUGGUUACUUAAAGUGGAACAUUAAAUGGUAUUAAAAUCUGUUCAUAUACACCCUCAGGAAGAAUAUGAUGCAUUUUUCUGUGUGUGUGACAAGCGAGCACAUGGAUAUGCUUAUCUUCAUGUAUUCAUACAUUCAUAGAAUGUUUGGAAAUGACAGUCAGGUAUUUGUGAAAAUUCUAUAGUAAUAUGAAUGGGAAAGUGGCCAUGCGUUUGGGUAAAUAAGAGACAGUGCAGUAAAUAAAUAAAAACGUGUCAAUCUUGUCCAGGCCUGGGGCCUCAUUUAUAAACCGUGUGUACGUACAAAAUAUACCUCAAAAUGUUUGUGCGCCAAUUUUCACGCAAAAGUUCGCAUUUAUAAAAAUGUGCUCACCUCCCUGCAAACUUUAGACCAUGUGUAAACACAUCUGCUAGUGGUUGAAAUAUUGUAUUGCGAGCUGGCAAGUAAGUAUUUUGUGCAAAUGGGGGAUAUGAUGAAAAGCUUAUUCAUAAAAAAAAGGUAAACAUAUGAAUAAGAAUGCAGCCAUUUGCCGUUAGUGAGAAUAGCGGAAAUCUGUGUUUUAUUUGUAGAAUCUAAAAUAAUUAGACAUGGGAAUAUUUUUCCAAUUUUAUAUUCAUAACCAUUGCAGAAUAAAUUCCUCACCUUUUGUGGCCGUGAUGGGUUCGUAUUCUGAAGUAGCCAUACAACAAAUUACAGUGCACAUCUCUCAUUUAAUUGGCCUAGUAUAGAUAGGCUACUGUAUAUUUCAAGUUUUGCUAUCCCAUAGGCGGCGCGGUUUAGGCUAUAAUAUACAGUCGGAUUUACCAUGUGAACAGUUGAACAGUGUAUUGACCCAGCUCCCUCCCAGUAUGUACAGUGAGGGGAAAAAAGUAUUUGAUCCCCUGCUGAUUUUGUACGUUUGCCCACUGACAAAGACAUGAUCAGUCUAUAAUUUUAAUGGUAGGGUUAUUUGAACAGUGAGAGACAGAAUAACAACAACACAAUCCAGAAAAACGCAUGUCAAAAAUGUUAUAAAUUGAUUUGCAUUUUAAUGAGGGAAAUAAGUAUUUGACCCCUCUGCAAAACAUGACUUAGUACUUGGUGGCAAAACCCUUGUUGGCAAUCACAGAGGUCAGACGUUUCUUGUAGUUGGCCACCAGGUUUGCACACAUCUCAGGAGGGAUUUUGUCCCACUCCUCUUUGCAGAUCUUCUCCAAGUCAUUAAGGUUUCGAGCCUGAUGUUUGGCAACUCGAACCUUCAGCUCCCUCCACAGAUUUUCUAUGGGAUUAAGGUCUGGAGACUGGCUAGGCCACUCCAGGACCUUAAUGUGCUUCUUCUUGAGCCACUCCUUUGUUGACUUGGCCGUGUGUUUUGGGUCAUUGUCAUGCUGGAAUACCCAUCCACUACCCAUUUUCAAUGCCCUGGCUGAGGGAAGGAGGUUCACACCCAAGAUUUGACGGUACAUUGCGCCGUCCAUCGUCCAUUUGAUGCGGUGAAGGUGUCCUGUCCCCUUAGCAGAAAAAACACCCCCAAAGCAUAAUGUUUCCACCUCCAUGUUUGACGGUGGGGAUGGUGUUCUUGGGGUCAUAGGCAGCAUUCCUCCUCCUCCAAACACGGCGAGUUGAUGCCAAAGAGCUCCAUUUUGGUCUCAUCUGACCACAACACUUUCACCCAGUUCUCCUCUGAAUCAUUCAGAUGUUCAUUGGCAAACUUCAGACGGCCCUGUAUAUGUGCUUUCUUGAGCAGGGGGACCUUGCGGGCGCUGCAGGAUUUCAGUCCUUCACCGCGUAGUGUGUUACUAAUUGUUUUCUUGGUGACUAUGGUCCCAGCUGCCUUGAGAUCAUUGACAAGAUCCUCCCGUGUAGUUCUGGGCUGAUUCCUCACCGUUCUCAUGAUCAUUGCAACUCCACAAGGUGAGUUCUUGCAUGGAGCCCCAGGCUGAGGGAGAUUGACAGUUAUUUUGUGUUUCUUCCAUUUGCGAAUAAUCGCACCAACUGUUGUCACCUUCUCACCAAGCUGCUUGGCGAUGGUCUUGUAGCCCAUUCCAGCCUUGUGUAGGUCUACAAUCUUGUCCCUGACAUCCUUGGAGAGCUCUUUGGUCUUGGCUAUGGUGGAGAGUUUGGAAUCUGAUUGAUUGAUUGCUUCUGUGGACAGGUGUCUUUUAUACAGGUAACAAGCUGAGAUUAGGUGCACUCCCUUUAAGAGUGUGCUCCUAAUCUCAGCGCGUUACCUGUAUAAAAGACACCUGGGAGCCAGAAAUCUUUCUGAUUGAGAGGGGGUCAAAUACUUAUUUCCCUCAUUAAAAUGCAAAUAAAUUUAUAAAAUUUUUUACAUGCAUUUUUCUGGAUUCUUUUGUUGUUAUUCUGUCUCUCACUGUUCAAAUAAACCUACCGUUAAAAUUAUAGACUGAUCAUUUCUUUGUCAGUGGGCAAACGUACAAAAUCAGCAGGGGAUCAAAUACUUUUUUCCCUCACUGUAUGCUACUGUAAAUACUGCAAUUGUUUCAGAAUUCAGGACAUAGAAACCCAAUGUUGAUAAACUAAAUACUGAACAACAAUUCGUCUUUUGCAUAGAAGUGUAGCAUUUAGCCUACUUUUAAAUUGUUUUCAAUAUACAAUCAAUCUUGCAGAAUGCACAGGCAUUCGCUCUAUAGGCAGCAUGCAUUUAGUUUGAAAAAGUCACUACAAAAUAUCAAAACAUCCUGCGCACACCUCUACAUCAGGGGUUCCCAAACCUUUUCACUCCGGCUCCCCUUCCAGCAUUGGGGAACAUCCCAUGUACGCGCCACGCCGAUUUCUAUGGGCACAAGCACUGUUCAUGACACAAACUGUUCACAUCCCUCUUGUUGGCGGAGAGAAAAUGUUGCAGGUAGAAAGGUUAUUUCCUACAUUUGUACACAUUUUGUCAUGGGGUGCAGAGGAAAUUUAGCCGUUUUAAAGCUAAUUUUCUUGCAAUUCUAUACAUUUUGCCAUAUCAAAUGUGUAUUAAUGUGAUAUUUGAGUGACUCGAACAUUACUACAAAAUCUAUGGGCUAAAAAACCUAGCUAAAAAACAUUAGCUGACAUGGGCUAAUUGAUCUGGACAUUUCUGACAAGUUAUAAAUAGUUCUCUAGGUAUGCAAUGACUGACAUGACAAGAGGAAAACUGAUGAUGCACUACCCAAUUUCAAAAUUGCACCUUGUGCAUUGUCCUAUUACAACUUUCAAGAGUUGAAAGCUGGACUGAGUUUUUUGGGGGGGGUUCCCACCCCGCGACGCCCCCUGCCGACCCCUCACGUCCCCUAGGUUUGAGAACCACUGCAGAAAUGUGAUCAAAAUUGCCAUUGUUCUUUCUUAUAGAAACUGCUGUGGCCUAAUUCCAAUAAUUUCAAAUUAUGCAGAAAAUAAAGGACGUCAUUGUCACCAUAAAAGGUGAAUGGAGGGAGUUUUCCAGGCAGAGUUUUAAUGCUCGUUCACGCUCUCACCUUUUUAUGACAGGUCUGAUUUAUAAGGGGAAACAUGUGUAUGUGUGGCGUUUGCCAAGUUUAUUAAUCUCAAUAUUUGUGUACAUGCGCAGACUUUUCAGAAAUGACACACACAGAUAUUUAGUGUGAAAUGUAUGCAACGAUUAUAAAUGAGGCCCCUGCCCUGGACAAGUAGCCUAGGUGAGUGGUAGACUUUCCCCCCAAUCAUAGUCACAGUGCAAUUUGGACUGUCAACUAAGCGCUGAAAAAGUUUGAGAGGGUUUAUCUAUCGUCCCCUGUGCUAGAUUUUAGUUCAUCUGGCUCAGGCUAACAUGGUGGUUGUUGUUGUUCUGCAUGGGCUGAGGGAAUAUAGCCUACCUGUUGGUUGUUUAAUCAAUAGGACUUGAAAGUUCCCAAAAGUAAGACUCCAGUGGUAUUUAUAUACAGUAUUUACAGUAUUUGCAGAAACCAUUCAGGUUUAUUUUGUGACUUUUGCUACUGCUUUCUAAGCAAUGAUCUAAAACAAAGUCCAGUGCAGUGCAACAUAAUAAUAAUAUGCCAUUUAGCAGAAGCUUUUAUCCAAAGCGACUUACAGUCAUGCGUGCAUACAUUUUUGUGUAUGGGUGGUCCCGGGGAUCGAACCCACUACCCUGGCGUUACAAGCAACAUCAAAGUGAAGGGCACAUGCCCGUAUGGCAUGGCUAUUUGCAUAAUAGGCCUACUCUAACUGUGAUUGGUUAUGGCGCACCGGUCUAUGUAGAGUCCUGGUGCCUCAUUUACAGUAUAAAUGUUGCGUACCACAAAAUAUGCCCCAAAACAAGCAUGCUCCAGUUUUCAUGCAGAAGUUGGCAUUUAUAAAAACUGAACUUGAUGUGAGAAAGUGCUUAUCCUCCCUUUCAAACUAGACUAGCGCUCUCCAACCUUGUUCCUGGAGAGAGCUACCGUCCUGUAGGUUUUCGCUCCAACCCUAAUCAAGUAACCAUCUGUCUUAUGUAACCAUACCAAACGUAACAUAUCAUACUAAAGUGUCCCGGAUUUACGUUUACUAUGUUAUGUCUAGUCUAUGAGACCAGGCUGGAUUCAUCUUAUUAACCAGGUAAUUAUUAGAAUCAGGUGUGCUAAAGGCAAUAAUGCGAAUGUCUAGCAACCCAAAAGUUGUGAGUUCGAAUCUCAUCACGGACAACUUUAGCAUUUUAGCUAAUUAGCAACUUUUCAACUACUUACAACUUAUUAGCUACUUUGCAACUACUUACUUAGCAUGUUAACUAACCCUUCCCCUAACCCUAACCUUAAGCCUUUAACCUAACUCCUAAAUGUAACUGUUAUGAUGAGUUUCUCUGGUAUCAAGUAAUUCAGGAUGUAAGAAUAUACUUAAACAAUUAUAUGGGGAGUUAAUACAAAAUACUUAAUAGAUACGGUACUGGGUUCGUCUAACAAAAGGCGCGUGCUUUGCCUCUUGUCAUCCGAACUUUGGACAAAGGAAAUCUCUCAGUUUAGGAAAAGCAGCCAACAAGUGCUCAGCAUAUGUGGGAACUCCUUCAAGCCUGUUGGAGAAGCAUUCCAGGUGAAGCUGGUUGAGAGAAUGCCAAGAGUGUGCAAAGCUGUCAUCAAGGCAAAGGGUGGCUAUUUGAAGAAUCUCAAAUAUAAAAUAUAUUUUGAUUUGUUUAACACUUUUUUGGUAUCUAAAAGAAAUAGCAAUUGCGAACUUGUGAUCAAAUGUCUUUGGGGGUGUUGGCAGAAUGUUUUCUUUUGCAGUGACAUUUGCUGUAUCUGACCGUUUCUAAUGGACAAAAACAAUUGCAAAAUGUUGUCGACCUGUAACAGAUUGUUUUAAUUCAAUAAUGUUUUGCAUUUAGCCUACUUUUUCCCCAAACCCAUAUGCUGCACUGCACCCGAAUUCUCAAACAUUGUCUACUUAGAUUUUUUUUUUUUACUACAUUAGGCCUACUUACAGUGGUAGUUCACACACUUCAAUGCAAAAGAUCAACUGUCUGUUCACCUGUUUAAUUCUACUGUAUGUUAUAAACUGCGCUCCCUUUCAGAUGCAUAUAGCAAAAAAAUGAAAUUAUAAUAGCCUAUCUAAUAGAACCAAUAGAAACUGUGCAUACGCAUGGUCUAAAGUUUGUGGGAGGAUAAGCACAUUCUCACAUCAAGUUCAGUUUUUAUAAAUGCCAACUGGCGCAUGCGUGUUUUAGGGCAUGUUUUGUGCAUACGCAAUGCUUAUAAAUGAGGCCCCUGGUGAUAACAUGCAUCCUUCCAGCUGCUAGAUAACUAACUAGCUACAGUACAAGGCUCCGUGUCAUUUUAGGUUCUAGAUUGCUAAAUGACUUGGCUAUCAAGCCAUAUUGCUAGUUUGCUAAAUAAGUAGGCCUACAUAAAUAGAUAAGCUAUAGCCGUUGCACUUACCGCAUAGCUAGAUUGAUUUAAUUGAGAUUCCCAAUCACUGCCCUUUCCAUCUGUUUUUGUCCAAAAUAUUGGGUCUGUGAAUCUGAAACAAUUCAUCCCCUGAAUUGCUGGAGGCAAUUGUGAUUUAUGACCUGAUAGCAAUAUUUAUUAGACUAUCUAGCGAUUUAUUGAUACAUUUUAUUAAUCAUGCAUUGAUUGCAUCCAUUUAAUUCGGCCAGCAAUACCUUACUCUAUGUAAUGGAAUUUUGAGUCAAAUAUAACCUAUUUUUAAAAACUCUUAUAAAGUUGGUUUUUAAGCAUAAAAUGUGAAUUUGAUAUUUUAGACCGAUAUUAUGAUUAUGUGUUUGUAUGAUUGUGUUUGUUUAAUGUCAUUUCUGCACGGUAGUUAAAACGGUGUCAGUUCCACUUUAAUUGAUGGAAUCCUUUUUUUUUCAGAACCUAAAUGGAGACAGCUAUACUCUAGGUCUUGAUGUCUAUCCUCAAGGUCUAGACGGGAGGCCUAUCAUGGCUGCCCCUGUUUUCACAAAGGUACCACACUAAUAUCAUAUACACACUAUUAAUAAUUAGAAGACAUGUACAAUGUCAAUUUCAUCAUUAAACAUCGAACAAAAUAUGAUAUUGUCUUAUAUGGUACAUUUUUAAAGCUCAUGUACUUAAGAAACUGUAUGUUUUGUGUGUGAUGAUAAACGUAUGACUACUUGGCCCCUCAGAGUCUGCAGGACCUAUUGGUGUCUGAGAACCAGCUGGUGGUGCUAGAGUGCUGUGUUAAAGGGGUGCCCUCCCCCAAGGUGGACUGGUACAGAGAAGGAACCGUCAUAGAGGAUUCCCCUGACUUCAGGAUCCUGCAGAAGAGUAAGUCCAAGACCUUCACUCCUUUACUAUGUGUUGGAAUAAUGUACAUUCAUCUUGUGGUAUUUUCUGUGAUUUACCUAAAUUCUCUUUUAUUAGUUUGUUAGUAAAUUGUCACUGAUAUGGAGCUAUCUUUGAAGUUAAUAAAUGUAAGCGUUCUGAAAACAGUUAAAGUAUCCCCAAAAAAGUGCACGUUUUUUUAGAAGGCAGCAUGAAGAGCAGAAAGCUCUGAUUUCAAACAAUUAAAUAUAUAUUAGCAUUUUCUUCAUUUUUAGAGCCUCGAUCCAUGGCUGAAUUAGGUACGUAUUAUGCAAAUGAGAGACUGUCAUAGUACAAUUAAUACAAUUGUAAAAUCUUAAGAAGGAGCAUAUUUCUGCAUGUAUCAAAGUAUUUUGUGUGAUGUGUUACUGAAAUGUAAAUAUAUUCACAAUAUACAAGUAUUAGAUACAAUAACAAAAAUGAAAAGUCAGUCCUACACUGUAGCCUAGGUGAUGUUUUCUUUGAAAAAGUGUACACCAUUACUCUUCCCAGAUGGUAACAGUAUCUGGCUGGGGCUGUAGCUCCUAUAACUCCUCUGCGUAAAAGCCAGUUUGCUUCUCCUCCUAAAACUCAACCUUAUAAAAGGAACCUUAACAACCUGUGUCUGUUGAACUAUCAUGGUUACAGAGCCUUUCAGAGUGUCUGAAACACAGAGAAUCACUCGUGACUGGAAGCAAAUGUAGCUGCUGUGCCAUUGGAAAAACAGCUCACUUACAGCAUAUGCAUUAUAUGAAUGUGUAUUAGUUCUCUGUAUCUUAGAAAAUACAAUAUAUUAAGCAAUAAUUAUACAGUAUAUAGAAAUGCAGACAUUUUACAAUGCAAAGGCUUACUGUCUGUUUCACUGUGCAUAUACUGUACACACAGUAGGUUAGCUACAUAGUACAGCUACCAUGCUGUUAUACACUGAACAAAAAGCAACAUGCAACAAUUUCAAAGAUUUUACUGAGUUACAGUUCAUAUAAGGAAAUCAGUCAAUUGAAAUCAAUUCAUUAGGCCCUAAUCUAUGGAUUUCACAUGACUGGGAAUACAGAUAUGUAUCUGUUGGUCACAGAUACCUUUAAAAAAAAAAGUAGGGGCAUGGAUCAGAAAACCAGUCAGUAUCUGGUGUGAUCACCAUUUGCCUCAUGCAGCGCGACACACCUCCUUUGCAUAUAGUUGAUCAUGCUGUUGAUUGUGGCCUGUGGAAUGUUGUCCCACUCCUCUUCAAUGGGUGUACGAAGUUGCUGGAUAUAGGCGGUAACUGGAACACGCUGUCGUACACAUCGAUCCAGAGCAUCCUAAACAUGUUCAAUGGGUAACAUGUCUGGUGACUAUGCAGGCCAUGGAAGAACUGGGACAUUUUCAACUUCCAGGAAUUGUGUACAGAUCCUUGCUGAAACACAACGUGAUGGGCCGGAUGAAUGGCACGACAAUGGGCCUCAGGAUCUUGUUACGGUAUCUGUGUGCAUUCAAACUGCCAUCAAUAAAAUGCAAUGGUGUUCGUUGUCCGUAGCUUAUGCCUGCCCAUACCAUAACCCCACCGCCACCAUGGGGCACUUUGUUCACAACGUUUGCCAUCUGCCUGGUACAGUUGAAACCGGGAUUCAUCCGUGAAGAGCACACUUCUCCAGCUUGCCAGUGGCCAUCGAAGGUGAACAUUUGCCCAAUAAAGUUGGUUACGACGUCGAACUGCAGUCAGGUCAAAACCCUGGUGAGGAUGACGGUUUCUGACAGUUUGUGCAGAAAUUCUUCAGUUGUGCAAACCCACAGUUUCAUUAGCUGUCCGGGUGGCUCGUCUCAGACCAUCCCGCAGGUGAAGAAGCCGGAUGUGGAGGUCCUGGGCUGGGGUGGUUACACGUGGUCUGCGGUUGGGAGGCCAGUUGGACCUACAGCCAAAUUCUCUCAAAUGACGUUGGAGGCGGCUUAUGGUCGAAAAAUUAACAUUAAAUUAUCUGGCAACAGCUCUGGUGGACAUUCCUGCAGUCAGAAUGCCAACUGCAUGCUGCCUCAAAACUUGAGACGUGGCGUUGUGUGACAAAACUGUACAUUUUAGAUUGGCCUUUUAGGUGCACCUGUGUAAUGAUCAUGCUGUUUAAUCAGCUUAUUGAUAUGCCACGCCUGUCAGGUGGAUGGAUUAUCUUGACAAAGGAGAAAUGCUUACUAACAGGGAUGUAAGCACAUUUGUGCACAACAUUUGAGAAAAAAUCUUAUUUUUGUGAUUUUUCAGGGAUCUUUAAUUUCAGCUCAUGAAAAAUGGGACCAACAUUUAUAUUUUUGUUCAGUAUAGUACCUUCUCUGCCCUUUAAUCUGUCAGACAUGUUACCUGAACUUCAACAAUUACAUUCAACUGGCGCUUAUCUCCCUAAUUCUGUAUUCCCUUUAGAGGAAAUAUGCACUUUGGUCAUUGCUGAAGUCUUCCCUGAAGAUUCUGGAACGUUCACUUGCACUGCAAGCAACAAAUAUGGAACUGUAUCCAGUAUCGCUGCACUAAGGGUGAAAGGUAACGUCACUGGCUUACAAACAAAGUUUAGACUUGACAGUUCUAUUAGUAAGAUCAUAUUUGGAGACUAUGUUUACAGUGCCUAGUGAAAGUCUACACACCCUUGCAUAGUUUUCACAUUUUUCUGCCUAAAAUUCUAAAAAGGGAUUUUUAUCCACAGCUCUACACACUCUACUGAUUGCUAUGGUCUUCACGCCCUUUGCUGUGGCACAUCUGAAUAAGUUCAGGAGCAAAUAUUUUCAUACUAAAUCACACAACAAUCAAUCUGUUUGCAAAAGUUGUGGUUCUCAUGAUUUAAGAAAAACUUUACCUGUCUCUGUAAGGUUCCUCAAAUAGAUAGUGAAUGUCAAACAAUGUUUUUUUUGGGACAGGCAUAGAUCACGGGACGUUAAGAAAUAAUUCCAAGACACUGGAUAUCCCUUUCAGUAUGGUCAAGGAUGGCAAUUGUAAACUGCUCAAUGACAUCACUAUGAGGCUUAGGAUUCAUUGGCUAAGCUGAGAGAAAACUGUGCAUGGAUCAACAACAUUGCAUUCACUCCACAUUACUGGCCUGUUUGAAAAAGUAAAAAGGAAGCCUGUCUUAAAAAAUCCACUCCAAAUCAUAAAUUCUCUUUGCAACAAGGCCGUUAAGUAAUACUGCAAGACAACAUUGCAAAUAAAUCUACUUUUUGGCCUAAAUUAAAAACCAAGUUUGAGUCAAAUACAACACAUCACAGAGUGAAACCCUCUGUAUUUUCAAGUAUUGUGGUGGAAGCAUCAUGUUAUGGGUAUCCUUGUCACCGGCAGGGACUGGGGAGUUUGUCAGGAUCAAAAUAAAUAUGAAAGGAGCAAAGCCCAGGUAAAAAGUAAGAGGAAAACCUACCUCAGUCUUCUGAAUAACUAACCCUGGAAUUUAGUUUUCUUUUUCAGUGGGUCAAUUACACAAAUUGUAAUGCCAAAGACGCAACAGAAUGGCUUUCCAAGCAGUGUUAAGUGCUCCUGAGUGGUCCAGCCUCAGUCCUGAAUAUUGCUGUCCAUCAAUUUAGCUGAACUUGAGCAAUAAAAAACAAUAAAAAAAACAAUGGAUAAAUGUUGCCCUAUUAGUUGUGCAAAGUUGGUAUAAUCUUAUUCAACAUAAUUCACACAGCUGUAAUGGCUGCCAAAAGGUGCUUCCACCAAGUAUUAACUCGGGGGUGUGAAGACAUACACAAUCAAGACACGUUAAUAUUAUUUUUCAUUUUGAACAUUUUCUAUAAUUUUUCAUUCACUUUGAAAAUGUGGAGUAGGUUGUGUAGAUUAGUAGUGGAACAUCAAUGCAAUUCAUUUUUAGAGGUAAUUUCAAGGCAGCAAAAUUUGAAAACUGUGCAAGGGGUGUGUAGACUUUCACUAGGCACUGUACCUCAUUAGGCAUCCUUCUCUCUGUACCUCAUUAGGCAAUGCCAACACCAACAACAACCACGUGAAAACUCCCAUAGGCACUUUAACAGUGGAGUCCACACAAGUCCCAGAGCCCUCUUCAUCAGAUCUCACUCUCCCCAGUCUAAAGCCUCAAGCUGAGGCUCCUGUCACCAACAGCAUCAAGCCUCACUCCAGCACAAUCCGCCUGGAUCCCCUCAGCUCCAGCACAUUACGACUGGAACCUCUGAGCACCAGUACCCUCCGUCUAGACCCUCUGAGCUCCAGCAUGCUGCGCCAGGACCCUAUCAGCCCCAGCAUGCCCAGCCUGGACCCACUAAGCCUGGGCAGCAGCCACCGGAUAGGCACCCGUAGCUCCAGCACAUCUCAUCUGGACCCACUCUACCUGAGCACCCCUCACCCAGACCUGCCUACUAGCUCCAGCGGGCUACACCCUGAGCCCCAGAGCAGUGGUGAGAUGCCCAAGACUGACCAGGAAGUCUCCAGAGCCUUUUCAGUGUUACCUGACCCUGCCGUUGGUCUGAGGCCUAAGGUGGAAGGGACUCCUAUCCAUAAACCUGAGCCCCCUCCCCCUAUAAACCUCCCUGAUCCCCCCAACUCCUCCUGCCUUAAGCCUGGGGUUCUGGUGAACCACAACGGGCCCAGGUCUAGCUCGAGGGCAGGCCUCCGUGUGCACUUUAAACUGCCUGAGGAUGAGAUGGAAAACGAGAGUGAAGCAUCCAAUAGCCAUUCAUAUGAAGAUAUGUCGCAGUUGGCCAAUAAGGAUCCACCUCCAGUACUGACCAAGCCCAAACUGUGAGUAUUCCUUUUUCUCAAGUAUUUUUUAACUUAUCUAGUAUCACUUAACUUAAGACAAAUCCUAACUUAAGACAAAUCCCAAGACUGACAGCCUGACAUGAUUUGGUGCCAAAUGAACAACCAGUCAGACCACAAACCAUUUGUUUUAUCACCAUUGUGUUUCCCAAAUUUUGCACCUGCAGUUGAUUUUGUUACGAAAACGCUUAAUUAUAAAUUAAUUCUAAAAAUGGUUUGGUCUCAGUCUUGUGAUGUAGUUUUUCAUUUGCUGUCCUUGUUUUGAAGUGAAGAAAGCAGCUUCAGUUGUGUGGGCUAUAUUUAAAACAGUAAACAUUGAAGUUGGGAAGGUCUCCUCUUGAGCUCCCUAUCAGAUCUGCUGUAUUCCAGUUGUCAUUUGUCUACUGAAUACAUAUGUGCUUAACUAUGUGGAGUUUAACACUACAAAAACCUGAGGUUGGUGAUUUCUUAACGUAAGUAAGUGUAAUUCUAUGCUUUUUGCACAUGCUAUGAAUUUUUGCAUUCUGCCAUUGUGUUUUUCAUAUUUCUGUUGGAUGAAAAAUGUGUCUGGCUCUAAGAUAAGUGUUUUGCAUAGUGUUAAUAAUAAUAAUAAUUGAUUCAUGGACAAUAAGUUAUUGUCUGGUUUUCACUUUACGUUAUCAAAGUGACUGAUAUUGAAUAAGAAGCUACAGAACAUGCAUCUCAGUAAGGGCAUCAAAACUAAUUUUUAAAAUGCUAGAAUAAUGCAAUGAAAGGUUCUUGUACCAAGCUUGAUACAGAACAUUACUGACAUUUCCAGUUGCAGAUCUCUGGAUACUCCUAUAAGUUAAAAGGGCAUACUAUUUCACCUGCCCCUGAAAGACACAUUGUGCUCAUUACUUUUUAGGGAACUGUGUUUAGAGUAUUUGUAUUUAUUCGGGUGAGGAACACAUUAAGACUUUUGAACAAAUAUAUGGUUUUAUUAUAGCCUGGUCUCAUCUGUUUAAACUGUCUUGCCAACUCCUAUGGUUUGGCGUGACAAUGACCUAUGAGUUGGCAAGACCACAUAAACAGAUCUGGGACCAGGCUAGUUUUAUUUUAUAAAGUUUUCAUGUUUUCAACAACUUCCAUCUCUGUUUUCUCAGAGACCCUGUCCAGCUGCAACUUCUGCACAACCAGGUGCUUAUGGAGCAGCAGCAGACUGAGACUGAGCCAACCGGAACCACCCAGAGCCAACCGGAGGCAUCUGCCUGGCCAGCCCAAACACACCACGGGUCCCAGCCCCAGGUCCAGCCCCAAGCCCAGCCUCAGUCAGGCCUGCCCCGUUCAUCUACCCCCAUGCCCCUGCAGACCACCCACGCCGCACCCAUACUGACCACAGCCCCAACACCCUUACUCAACUCCUCCCCUGUGACAAGAUUGAACGCUACCCCUGCACUCCUGCUAAACAUUGCCUCUGCACCACUACUGAACCCAUACGCCACCCAUUCUUAUUCUACUUCUUCACCCCUGUUAAACACAAGCCCUGCACCACCAAUGAACACUACCUCUGCACCGCUACUGAACACAGCCCCUCCUGCACCAGUUAUGGGUACCCUGCCGUCCCCUCCUCAACUGAAGACAGCUCCUUCUUGUAUGAGCACCCCUCCGUCUGCCCCUCUGCUGAGAACUGCUCCUGCACCACACCUGUACACCAGCCCUGCAUCCCCACCCUAUAUGUCCCAAAACACCACCCAUUCUUCCCAGCUGAACUUAGCCCACUCAUCCCUGCCUAAAACCAUUCACGUACCAAAGUUUAGCACACCCCCCACACCUCAUCUGAAUACAGCCCCCACAGAAUCUCUCAGCUCCAUCCCUGCAGCUUUCAACAAGGCCCCCACAACCAUGCAGAACACCUCCCCCUCCCCACUGCUCAGAACAACCCACGCCUCCCUCCUCAACCUGGCCCCCACGUCACAGAGCUUCAACUACGCCAGGCCAAAGGAGUUCAUCACUGCCCAGACUCCCCUCUCUCCAGUCAGGAGUCCCUCUCCUACGGAAUCCCCUGUUCCAUUGCUCCACAAGCUGGCUGCCGAGCUCAACUCCUCCAACCCCAACCUGUUCUCUCCGCAACCCAGACUCUUCCCCACCAGAGUCCUCAAGUCACCCACCAGCCCACCUUUCUUCAUGUCCUCCCCCAACCUGUUGCCUGCUGCCUACAUUAACUCUGUGUUCACCCUACCACAGCAGUCGCCCCCGCAGGCAGCGUCCCCGACCUCCAGCACCUCCACCCCCAGCCCCAUCCAGAACCAUGUGGCCUUCCUCAGCUCUGUCCUGCCCUCUCUACACACCACACAAGCCACCAACUCUAUGGGCCUGCCCAGGAGUGCUCAUGGGUAAGACCCUAUGGUUCCUGAAUUCCAGAAACAUUCCCAAAGUUCCCCGUUUUUAUUUUUAUUUAUUUUUUAAUCCUGGUUGGAGGAUUGCUGGAAUCGGGAGGGAAUAAGCAGAGGCGGAAUCCUCCGACCCGGAUUUUAGAAAACCCCGGGAACUUUGGACCUCUUACCUCACCAUUCAAUUCAUCGUGUUUCAGUUUUAUAUAUUGUAAAAAUUCAUUUCUGCUAAUGUAUUUGUUUUCAUCCACAGGCCGCCUCAAGGCAUACUGAAGAAGUUGCCUACAAGCACUCGUCCUAUUUCAGAUGACAUUCGUAGCAGCCAACAAACUCUCCUCCACGAUAUUGAGAAAAAGCUUAGGUUCAAUGAAGAUUUUAUGCGUGGUCAUGUACAAC